AUGGCCAUCGCGGGCGCCCAACGUAAACGGGUCCUCAAGGUGUUGAUGAUCUCACUGCUGCUAGAUCUGAUCUCCUUCACCUUCAUCCUGCCACUGUUUCCCUCCUUACUAUCGUUCUAUCGCGCUCAAGAUCCUUCGCCGGACUCUCUCUUAAAUCGCAUCUUCCACUACCUCAACGCCUACAAGAACUCCUUCGCUAAACCCAUCGACUCCCGCUAUGAUAUCGUCCUCCUCGGCGGCGCCCUCGGCUCCCUCUUUUCCCUUCUCCAGGCGUUCGCCGCUCCAGUCAUAGGACAUCUCUCCGACCGCUAUGGCCGCCGCCGUGCCCUGUUGACAGCAAUGCUCGGUAAUGUGGCAAGCGUGGCGCUCUGGGUGUCAGCAACAGAUUUCCGCACGUUCCUGGCCAGCCGUGUCGUCGGUGGUCUCAGUGAAGCAAACGUCCAAUUAGCCAAUGCCAUCGUUGCAGAUGUGACCGAUGAUUCGCGUCGUGGCGCGUCAAUGGCGCUCGUCGGAGCUUGUUUCAGCAUCGCCUUCACUUUCGGUCCGCUGCUCGGUGCCGGCUUGAGUACCGUUCAGACUGUCGCGGAGAAUCCGUUUCUCACUGCUGCACUUGUCUCGCUUGUUUUGAUUCUGCUGGAGACGGGGUAUCUUUGGGCUUGUUUGCCCGAGACGCAUCCGCGCCUUACGACUCUGACACAGGAGACCGAGACCGAGGACAAGAGCAAGAUUGAGGGGAAUGCCAAAUCUACGGCACCGAGAGAAUAUACCAAUAAUCCGGCGAUUCUCAAUGCAAUUCAUUUCCUCUUCCUGCUUCCUUUCUCGGGAUUGGAGUUCUCGCUGCCUUUCUUGACGACGACUCUUUACGCAGGAUCAACUACCAGCCCCGCGGCCCUCAACGGCCGUCUACUCUCUCUGAUGGGUCUGAUUGCAUCCCUACUCCAGGGAACGGUCGUUCGUCGACUACCGCCACUCGUCACCAUGCGAGCUGGUGUCGUUGCUUGUGCAUUGUCAUUCUUCUGUCUAGCUCACGUUUCCACGCCAAAGGGCCUCUAUGCCGCGGGAGGUCUUCUCGCUGUGACAACCGCUACGGUUGUUACUAGCCUCAAUAGUCUGGGUAGUUUCGAAGCCCGUGACGCUGACCGUGGUGCUGUGAUGGGCCGUCUUCGUGGCUGGGGUCAGGCUGGACGCGCUGCUGGACCGAUUCUGUUCUGUACAUUGUUCUGGUGGGCUGGGCGUGAGGCUGCGUAUACCGUGGGUGGCGGGGCAAUGUGUAUCGUUUCGGUUGCUGUCUUUGGGUUCUUGAAGUCACCUGCUGUUCAUUUGAAAAAGGAGUAA